UUGCAUUUUGGUGAUAUCCACCUACGUAUAUUAGCUAGCUAGGCAAGGUGGCCUUGCCAGUUUCCAUGGCUGAUUCGUCGUCUUCAGAGCCGCCGUCGGGAGUGAAAAAGGGGGCCUGGACGGAACAGGAAGAUAAUCUGUUGAGGAAGUGCAUUCACAGAUAUGGUGAAGGAAAAUGGCAUCUAGUUCCCGUUAGAGCUGGCCUCAAUAGGUGCAGGAAAAGUUGCAGGUUAAGAUGGCUGAACUAUCUCCGUCCCGAUAUAAAGAGAGGCGACUUCAAUUUGGAUGAAAUUGAUCUUAUCAUGCGCCUACAUAAACUCUUAGGCAAUAGGUGGUCGCUUAUCGCCGGUAGAAUUCCGGGAAGAACAGCUAACGACGUGAAAAAUCUGUGGAACACGCGCCUUCAGAAGAAGACAAUUGCUAAUAAUACACCUUCUUCUGGGCAAGAAACAUGGAAGGACAAAGCUCCGAAAACCACGGAAAACACCGCCGUCAUUAGACCUCGACCUCGGAGAUUCGCGAUGACCUCCUCAUCUCGAACGUUGCCGAUCACCGGAAAAACUACCAUUGUUACCAGCGAAGUAGUUCAACUCCCGCCGCCGGCAGAGGCGGCGGAAUCAACGUCGGAGCCGCGGCUAAUCGAAAAUGUAGAUCCAAAAAGCAUGCCGGGAGAAACAGAAACCUCGGACGACUUAGGGCAGUGGUUGGAUGAUUUUCUCUUCGAUAUGGAAUUCGACGGUGAUGGAAUGGCGUGCAUGCAAGAAGGACAAAUCGAAUGGUGUGAUUUUCACAUAGAUUCGGACCUUUUGGACCUUUUGAGCUAAGCCUACAUGAUAACACUAAUAAGUUCCUUUAGCUAAAAGAUGUCUUUGUAAAAAACUUGUGUGAGAACGUCUCACGGAUCUUUAUUCGUGAAACGAGUCGUGUCAAUAUAAAUUGACCCGUCUUAAGAUCUGUUAGACGGUAUCACACAAGUGUGACCAAAGUCUUUUAUUUUCUUAAUUUAGCUUUAAAUGUGUAGGGGAAAAUGAUAUU